CACCGGGUCUGCUCACAUCUAAAGGCCAAGGAAAAGUGUUGUUUAGAGCAAGGCUGUUGAUGUCAAAAUACAAAAUGUUUUGGGCGCAAACCUUGCACGCUCUUUAGUGGAACAUGUAAACAUUUACACAGGGGUAUGAGUCAACCCCUUUUCCCCCUGCCUUCCUCCUCUCUCUGGGUUGUUUUCUAUCUUCCCUUGAAAUCCUCAUUACACAGACUCUGUGUGCUGCUCUCUUCUAAACUGUUGUCUGUUACUCUUUCUGAUCAGCCUUCCUGUUGCUGCAGAGGAACUGUGUGCAGUGAGAUAAGGAUAGUGAGAGCACAUGCUCACACCGGGGUGGUGGGGGGGAGGAGUGAAGAAGGAACAGAUACAACGUGAAGGGCGAAAGGCUGACUAAUUAGGAAAUUAACAGAGAUCAUUGCAUGUCUCGCGGUUGUUUUUGCAGCCCGGGUGUCUCGCAGAACGGGCAUGUGAGACAGCCGCCACAUUAACCUGGAGACCAGAUGACGACACAUGGUCCAGUUUGGGCCAGUUGGUCCCAGCAGCGGUGUUGGACUGAAACAGAGCUGAGGUGGUGUAAUAUCAGAAGAGCUCUCCUCUUGGAGGCGGUUACAGAACUGAACUGAGGAACACACAAACCUGCACAGGCAAGGAUUAAGGAGACCUCCUGAAAUCCAGGGAACAAACUGAGUAUGUGAGAAGGGGUGAACUGAAGUUUAAGCAUCCAGGGUCUGAGGAUGACUGAAAGCAGGAUAUGCAUAUCCAUGCACUUUGACUCCUCCGGCAUGACACGCAUGGGAGACCAGGACUGAAGGGAGGAUCAGGCCUUGUUAUUAGAUCUGACUCUGGAUUGAGAACAGUCUGGGCCACGUACAGCAGGUGCUGUCUGCCUGAGACGUGAGCCGGCGCAUUAAAAAGUCCACGAGAGGGGCUGCGUGGGAGGGAGGCAGCCAGUUUUAAGUGGAGGCUGGGGGAGUUUUCUUUAACUGGUCGGCUCCACCAGGGCCAGAGUCGGCAACCAUGAGUCAGAGGAAGCUGACGCGACAGCUGAGGUUGUGGGAGAGUCCUGAGGGUCCACCUCCUGUGCCCUCUCUCACCUCACCUGUGUCACCAAGUGAUCACUCUCGGGGACCCGGGGGCUCUGCUCUGUUUCGGCGUAUGAAACUGAACCGCAGUAUCCAGGAGCGCAGGCGCUCAGCACAUUGUUUUUGCAGCUUCGAUUCAGAGAAUGGUCCCUCGCCAGGCCGCAGUCCCAUGGAUUCGCAGGCGAGUCCUGGGUUGGUACUCCACCCUUCUUUCCCCCAGAGCCAGCGCAGGGAGUCCUUCCUCUACCGGUCCGACUCGGACUACGACACGUCGCCCAAAACCAUGUCACGCAACUCCUCCGUCAACAGUGAGGGGCACGCCGAAGACAUGAUCGUCACCCCUUUCGCUCAGGUGUUGGCCAGCCUACGAACUGUAAGAAGCAACUUCACCAUCCUCGCCAAUGUCACAACACCCACUAACAAGAGGUCACCAGUGACAAGCCAACCCACUGUUCCCCAAGCUACACUCUCUGAGGAAACAUACCAGCAGAUGGCUCGGGAGACUCUGGAUGAACUGGACUGGUGUCUGGACCAGCUGGAGACCAUUCAGACCCACCGCUCAGUCAGCGAGAUGGCCUCCAACAAGUUCAAGAGAAUGCUGAACCGGGAGCUGUCCCAUUUGUCAGAGAUGAGUCGCUCAGGGAAUCAGGUGUCAGAAUACAUCUCCACUACCUUUCUAGAUAAGCAGAAUGAGGUGGAGAUCCCAUCCCCAACUUUGAGGGAGCGGGAGAAGCCCAUGUGUCAUAUCAGCGGUGUGAAGAAGCUCACGCACAGUUCCAGCCUUUCUAACUCCACCAUGCCUCGCUUUGGGGUAAAGACUGAACAUGAGGAUUCAUUAGCCAGGGAGCUGAACGACUUAAACAAGUGGGGCCUUAAUAUCUUUCGUGUGGCAGAGUUCUCUAAUAACCGACCCCUCAGCUGCAUAAUGUUUGCCAUCUUCCAGGAGAGAGAUCUACUGAAGACCUUCCGGAUCCCUGUGGACACUUUUGUCACCUAUGUGAUGACCCUGGAGGACCACUACCAUGCCAAUGUGGCCUACCACAAUAGCCUCCACGCUGCAGAUGUCACUCAGUCCACUCAUGUCCUGCUAUCUACACCGGCUCUAGAUGCUGUGUUUACUGAUCUUGAGAUACUUGCUGCACUAUUUGCUGCUGCCAUCCAUGAUGUGGACCACCCUGGAGUGUCCAACCAAUUCCUCAUAAACACAAACUCAGAGCUAGCCCUGAUGUACAACGAUGAGUCUGUGUUGGAGAACCAUCACCUAGCUGUGGGCUUCAAGCUGCUCCAUGAGGACAACUGUGACAUCUUCCAGAACCUUAGCAAGAGGCAAAGGCAGAGCCUGAGAAAACUUGUAAUUGAUAUGGUUUUGGCAACAGAUAUGUCUAAACACAUGAGUUUGCUGGCAGACCUCAAAACAAUGGUGGAAACCAAGAAAGUGACGAGUUCUGGAGUACUGCUGCUCGACCAUUACACUGAUCGGAUACAGGUGUUGAGGAACAUGGUGCACUGUGCAGACCUGAGCAAUCCUACUAAACCCCUGGCCGUGUAUCGACAAUGGACAGAGAGAAUCAUGGAGGAGUUCUUCAGGCAGGGAGAUAAGGAGAGAGAGCGAGGGAUGGAGAUCAGUCCCAUGUGUGAUAAACACACUGCAUCUGUGGAAAAGAGCCAGGUGGGCUUUAUCGACUACAUUGUCCACCCACUGUGGGAGACAUGGGGGGACCUUGUGCACCCUGAUGCCCAGGACAUCUUGGACACCCUAGAGGACAACAGGGACUGGUACCAGAGCACUAUACCACAAAGCCCCUCCCCUCCUCCUGUGGGCCAAGAUAAGGAGCUAAUUGACAAGUUUCAGUUUGAGCUCACCCUCGAAGACAGCUCUCCGCGAGAGGAGGGAGAUGAGGGUGAAAAGUCAAUGCUAAACCAUGUGGAACAAGACUGCAGUCAAGGGGAGGAGGAGGAGGAAAAUAAAAAAGAGGAGGAGGAAGACACAAUGGUAGAGGAGGAAAACGAGGACAUAAUAGAAGAGGAAGAUGAAGUGGCAAUGGAGGAAGAGGAAGCUGAGGAGGAGCAAGAGGAGGAGCUAAAAGCUCGGUUGGAGGUGAGAUCUGAAAAGGAGAGACUUUCUGACACAAGUCCUGUAGAGGAAGAGGAAGAUUCUUCUUCACAAGCUGAAGAUACAUGAGUUCUGCUCCUGUAUCUCCCUCUUCACUUGCACACAUUAUCUUGUUCAUCCUUGGCCAAACCAAGAACAAAAAUAAGACUGCAAAGACGAUGCAGACCUUUAAAUAUAUAUUUUCAAAAAGGGAAUAAAUCAAAAUCGCUCAAAGAGAAGGUAAUUACACAGCAACUGUAGAUUCGGAAUGGGACAAGUCCUUGGACUUAUUUCACAACGAACUCUGAAGCAAGAGGAAUUUAGGAGAGGAUUUAAGAUGGGCACUAAAGACAGCGUAGCACUCUGGGACUGGAAUGCACACACAUAAACACACAUCAAGUCACACAAGAUCACACAUGGUAGGGAAAGUCGUGCAAUGUGUUGAAGCGCAGGCGUCAGUGCAUUUCCACAGCUGAGACCAAUGCACAGGACACACACACACACACACACACACACACACACACACACACACACACACACACACACACACACUUGACUUUAUGUUUGUGUGUGUGCAUAAGGGCCAUUGAUCAUGUAAUGAAUCUCUUUGGAAAAAGCCAUCUCUCAAUGGAGUAUUAACUAGUGUUCAGUCAGUAUUAGUAAUUAAUGUUUGUUAGAACCUCAACAGAAACUGUUCUCCUCAGAAAAGCUACAUGUCCGAAGGGACUUUUUUUUCCAUUUCUGUCGGAAAAAAAAAAAGAAUAUCCACAGAGUUGGAGGAGAGAGGAAGGAAGGUACAGAAGGAAAGAAGGAUGCUGCGAUGAGGGGGCCGCCUGGUCCCACACCCCUUUUUCCCUUUACGAGGCGAGUGCUACUGGUGCAAGAUGGCUCUGUGCCUUUCAGAAACACCAGCUUCCUGAAUGGAGCUGUCGUGAAGCAAUGCAUUGUGGGCUGGGAGUGUCUGAUUUGUUAUCAUUUUAUGAUUGUCUCUUGUUAACGAUCUCUCUUUACUGUUCAUGAUAUCGUGGUGUGUAUCUCACACGUACAGUUUCUGUGGUGAUAUGUUUUAAGCUGUAAGUCUUCCUUUUGUUGCUCUUCUGGUAAUAUAAAAACUCAGAACUCUAGAUGCAGAGCAAUCACUACCCGCCACCACAACCACCAGUGGUUCUCAUUUUCAGCUCAUGUUUUUUUCUUAUUAGAAUGAUUU